ACCUGCUGCAGGUAGUGUGAGCCUGAAACUUUCCGGAAUCGCAUGUGGAUCCGCAGCACAUCGCGCGCGCAUUUUUCUUGGUUGAUCUGAAGUCUUCUGAGGGGGUUCCUCGUUUUGGAAGGAUAAGCUGGAGUUUUUCAGCGGGGAUUCGACGGGUCGUCGAUAGCAGUGGUGUACGGCGAGGUCACGGAUUGUGUUCAAAGAAAGGAUUAGCCUGGGGGAGUUGAACUCCAGGUGGCUUGUGCUGGAAAAAGUUUUUCCGUCGUGGUGCAGAUGGAACAGUGAGGGAAGAAAGAAGAAAAAUGCAAUGCAGUAUUAAUAGGGAAAGGUUAAGGAGAUAAAGAGCUUGCAGAAGUAGCAAGGUAGCGAAAAACGGUAUUGCGGAUCGGAAGCUUGCGAGAGGAACAGCAACAGCAGCAGGACACGGCAGGGCACUGCAGCAGAGGAAAAUCAAUGGUGGAACAGACGAAAAUUUGAUAUUUUUGACUUUCAAAAUAACACACAGGCAAGAUACAGAGGGGGGCAAGAUAAGAGAGCGCCAACGGAAGAAAAAGUGGUGAGCAUUGGACACGAAGACAACGACGACGACGACGACUUCGACAGAGGACACACAGCUGAGACACGAAGUGGCACGAAGAGUCGUGCGACAAGGAGGGGAACGGGAAAAUCAAAAACUCAAAUAAAAUUAGCACAGUUUUUCUUUGGUAGGGUGAACUUUGUCUCCUCAUCCCCGCUCGUCAAGGAUCCUCUGGGGUUGGCAGAGUGCCCGCAGAGCAAAAGGACAAUUGUGGUACGACUGGAAGUCGUUAUCAGCGGAGAGCAUCAUUGGACGCAAAAGGUUUCGGAACAAACAAGUCUCCAGCAAGAAGCCCAAAGUCGCCUUUUGUCUGCUGUCGAGGAGGGAUCCCCCUCUCUCCGGAGAUCCGGCUCUCAACCAACACCAGACGACGAUACGGAUCUCUCGCCGCAGAUUCCCUCUCUCGCUGUGAAGCACGCUACCGCUGGAGCAUCAAUCGUCAGUCUGUUCCAGAGCAGAGCCAACGAACCAUCGUCGGAAGAGCUGAUGCCGUUGUGACAUUCGCUCCGAUUGUGUAAGCAAAUAAGGUUAGGACACACCGUAUUCACGAACUCUGACACCAAGCUGUCAUAGCCGUCACUGACGAGAAGAAAAAGAAACAAGAGUCGACAACACACUCACAGUCUCACGCCGCCAGAGAGCACACCAAGAGUCACAUUGAGAAAACCACACGCCAGAAGAAAAGAAGAGUUGUUCAAGAAGGAAGCUAAUACCACACACACACACACUCACACACACCGGGAGAAACCGCACAGCAGGCGGCGCUGUGAAAUUCACACGUUCGGUCGGUGAAGUGGUGGAAGGAACUCGGCGUCGGAGUAGCAAUUAGUGAAUUACAAACAAAGGGAAAUAAGGGAAGGAGUCAAGAGUCAACCAGUGGAACCAGUGGUGCAGUGAGUGAUUUUUUUGUGUUGUUGCUGCAGAAAGGAACGCGCGACGAGCACACUCUUGUGAAAUCGGUGUCAUCAUCGUUAAAUGCUCUCGACCGUCAACUUAUAGCUAUCAUAUGCGAUCUCUCCAAGCCAUGGAGAUCCGAGGCCUAAUAACCCGAUUACUGGGUCCAUGUCACCUGCGACAUCUGAUACUGUGCAGUUUGGGGCUGUACUCCAUCCUCGUGCAGUCGGUCCAUUGCCGGCAUCAUGACAUCGGUAGUUCGGUGGCACACCAGCUAGGAUCGAAAUACUCACAAUCAUCCUCGUUAUCGUCAUCCUCGCAAUCGUCAUCGUCGUUAGCUGAAGAGGCCACGCUGAAUAAAGAUUCAGAUGCAUUUUUUACACCAUAUAUAGGUCACGGAGAUUCUGUUCGAAUUGUAGAUGCCGAAUUAGGUACAUUAGAGCGCGAGCAUAUCCAUAGCACUACGACCCGGCGGCGUGGCCUGACCCGGAGGGAGUCCAGCUCCGAUGCCACCGACUCGGACCCACUGGUCAUAACGACGGACAAGGGCAAAAUCCGUGGAACGACACUGGAAGCGCCUAGUGGAAAGAAGGUGGACGCAUGGAUGGGCAUUCCGUACGCGCAGCCCCCGCUGGGUCCGCUCCGGUUUCGACAUCCGCGACCCGCCGAAAGAUGGACCGGUGUGCUGAACGCGACCAAACCGCCCAACUCCUGCGUCCAGAUCGUGGACACCGUGUUCGGUGACUUCCCGGGGGCCACCAUGUGGAACCCGAACACACCGCUCUCGGAGGACUGUCUGUACAUCAACGUGGUCGUGCCACGGCCCAGGCCCAAGAAUGCCGCCGUCAUGCUGUGGAUCUUCGGGGGUGGCUUCUACUCCGGGACUGCCACGCUGGACGUGUACGACCACCGGACGCUGGCCUCGGAGGAGAACGUGAUCGUAGUUUCGCUGCAGUACCGUGUCGCAAGUCUUGGGUUUCUCUUCCUGGGCACACCGGAGGCACCCGGUAACGCGGGGCUGUUUGAUCAGAACCUGGCACUGAGAUGGGUCCGCGACAACAUCCACCGGUUCGGCGGUGACCCCUCGCGGGUCACACUGUUCGGCGAGAGCGCCGGAGCGGUCUCGGUUUCGCUGCACCUGCUGUCGGCGCUCUCGCGGGACCUGUUCCAGCGGGCCAUCCUCCAGAGUGGCUCCCCGACGGCCCCGUGGGCGCUGGUUUCGCGCGAAGAAGCUACGCUUAGAGCUCUUCGUCUGGCCGAGGCCGUCAACUGUCCGCACGAUGCGACCAAGCUGAGCGAUGCCGUCGAAUGCCUGCGAACCAAGGAUCCGAACGAGCUGGUCGACAAUGAGUGGGGCACGCUGGGGAUCUGCGAGUUUCCGUUCGUUCCGGUUGUGGACGGAGCCUUCCUCGAUGAGACACCGCAGCGUUCGUUGGCCAGCGGGCGCUUCAAGAAAACGGACAUCCUGACCGGCAGCAACACCGAGGAGGGUUACUACUUUAUCAUUUACUAUCUAACCGAACUGCUCAGGAAAGAGGAAGGGGUCACGGUAACACGCGAGGAGUUCCUACAGGCCGUCCGGGAGUUGAAUCCGUACGUGAACGGUGCCGCCCGGCAGGCCAUCGUGUUCGAGUACACGGACUGGAUUGAACCGGACAACCCGAACAGCAACCGUGACGCGCUGGACAAGAUGGUCGGGGAUUAUCACUUCACCUGCAACGUGAACGAAUUCGCCCAGCGGUACGCCGAGGAGGGCAACAACGUGUUCAUGUACCUGUACACGCACAGAAGCAAAGGAAAUCCCUGGCCGAGGUGGACCGGCGUGAUGCACGGCGACGAGAUCAACUACGUGUUUGGCGAACCGCUGAACUCGGCCCUCGGCUACCAGGACGACGAGAAGGACUUUAGCCGGAAAAUUAUGCGAUACUGGUCCAACUUUGCCAAGACUGGCAAUCCCAACCCGAGUACGCCGAGCGUGGACCUGCCCGAAUGGCCCAAGCACACCGCCCACGGACGACACUAUCUGGAGCUGGGACUGAACACGACCUUCGUGGGACGGGGCCCACGAUUGCGGCAGUGCGCUUUCUGGAAGAAAUAUUUGCCGCAACUAGUAGCAGCUACCUCUAACCUCCAAGUAACUCCCGCGCCUAGCGUACCUUGCGAAAGCAGCUCAACAUCUUAUCGAUCCACUCUACUUCUAAUAGUCACACUACUUUUAGUAACGCGGUUCAAGAUUUAAAUCCGUGUUUUCUUUCCCGUUCCCGUUUUUCCGUUAAAGCUUCUUUAGGUCAGGUGAAAACAUCAACAAGCAGCAUCAAUUCUACUACUAAUACUAUUACUACUAUUAACUGAAAUGGAACAAUAAGAUUACCUUUUUCUUCUAAAUUUGUUCAACUGCUAAUUAAAUUCUAAAUAGGUGAAUGCAUCUUGCUCUGCAAACGAACGAUCGUACAAUUAUGUUGUAUUGUUUUUUUCUUUGUAAUAAUAUUCUGUAAACAGAGGUGAUAUCAUUAAUAUUUUACUAACCAUACAAUAAACAAAAUAUUUCCUGUUAUAAAUUGUGAUGAAUAUUUCGCUUUAACUACACCAUUGAAGGUUACUUAAGUUGAAAUAACAAAAAUUUUAUAUAAACAACUAACAAAUAAAACAGCUGCUAGAGACAACUAGACAUUAAAUCGAAAAAAACGUUAUUUUGAAAAAGAGCGAUUUAUGCACUAGCGGAGGUGAAUCCCUUUAUAAUCUUGAAAAGAGAGGAGGAAUGGAAGAAGAAGAAGAAGAAAAUAUUAUGAUACAAUAAAACCAACAUCUAAUUCUAACAAUCAACUGUUUACUUUACUAAAAAUUUGAAAAAAAAACUUUCUAUUAAAAAGAACACACUAAACCAUUACCGAUAAGAAUACAUAUAAACAGCCGAUCGUCGAUAAAAAUGGAAUUGUAGAUGACCGUUGCAAAAUAAUAGGAAACAAUAGUUAAUGUUAGAACACCUAAAACCUAAAAGUGAAAAGAAAAACAUAACAAAACAAGUUAAGAGAUGAAGAAAAAUAACACCUUCAAAGUAAUCGAAAGUAAGAAAAACUGAAAACAUAUCAUUAUAUAAUGUAACUCCGUUGUAAGCUGCUAAACAGAAAGAAGUAAAAAUAAAACAAACAGAACAAAAAACAAAGAAUAAAAUCACCCAAGUGUAGUUAAAUAUUUCUAUACAAUUUAUGGUGGCCAAUUUUAAUACGAAAUAAUGAGACAAGCGCUAGACACAAACAGACAACAACAAAUUGCAGAAGAAGAAAAAAAACUGCACCGCGAUGGAGACAAACCUAGGGUGGCGCCCACUUACCAAAUUCCUUCGCAAAGUGGCGAGAGCGUUGAAGGUUGGAGCCAAUCUUCGCUACAAUAUUAAGACUAAGAAAAGAGUAUCGUAGGAUCCACUCAUUUAGAAGCGAAAGAAAGCGAGAGAGAGAGAGCGAGAAACAACAGCAGAAAAGAAAAGAGAAAACAAAACGCUAAUUACAAAGUAAUAUUAUAAAUGAAAACCAAUGCGACUGUGUUUAGGCUGCGACGUUUGGAUGUAAAAUUUCUUUGCUAGUUGCACACAUUCUCACAACAAAACAAACAAACCCAAAACCCCCGUAGAAAACUGAAUGGAAAUAGUUGAACGAAGAAAAAAAAAGUAAGAGUGUUCUUUAGGUUCCCCAAGAGUGUUACAACUCUGCCCAUAGAAACAAAAAAUAUAGUGUCGAAAACAAUUGUGAUGAUUCAUUUGAGGAAAGUCAUAAAAUAACAAAAAAUAAAAUAUUUAUCAAAAUUUAGCUCACCGAAAGCUUGCUCUCCCGAUCGUUUUCCGUGUAGGAUCAUUUUGAAAACUUUGUCUUGGAAUGUUACGAAAAUGUGUUUGGCACACGUUCGUCUAAGAACUCUUUACUCAGUGCUAUCACAAAACAUAUUUGUUUGCUCUUUUGAAGAUUUUUUGGCUGAAAGUUAAAGGAGAGAGAAAGAGCAUUGAACAAAAUCUCUCUUUUUCAACCUCUCUCCGGUCUUUGCUCAACAUAUUGCACGAGAGAGUAAUUCUUGAACUUAUCCAUACACUCAAAAAAAUAUUCACGUUGAAGUUACGUGAAAAGCUAUGUGGUUUUUUUCCACUAGAGUUUUCACGUAGCUUUUACGAGGUGACGCUAGUAGAAAUGAAAUUUGCUUGGCCAGAUCAUUUCACGUUGAUUCUACGUGUUUCACACGUAAAAGCUAAGUGAAUCAAUCGUUGAUUUUUACAUGUUUGUAGUAGUAAACGUUAUAUGAUUUUUCUUCAGUUUUAGGAGGCUAUUUCAUUAUUAUUAUUUUCGGAUAUAAUUAAAAAGAAAUAUAGUGUAGUUUGUUAUAACUUAUUUUAUUUAUCAACAAAUAAUUUUCUUAUGGACAAUCUCACCUAUGCAACGCACAACACUUUAUGUUCUUCCCAACAAAAAAUGCCCCGAGAUCUACAAUUAGUCGAGUCCUGCGCUUUGUCCACCAACCACGUUUAACUGCUGUUCCUGUCAUGGUCGGCAUGAAGCUGACCGCAAAGUACCGAUGUAGACGAUCGGUUCAAAGUUGGACACCAGCCCCAUUACCUGGAACGAGUACUCGCACUCCAGGACACACUCGGCGAUGGACACGUCCGUGACAUUUCCGGUGGCGUCAUCAUGGUUGCUCCGGUCUUGAUAACCAUUUCGACCGAAGAACCCGGGAUCGCGUUUAGGGGUCCUUCAGGAUUCGUAAAUGUUGGCACCGGCCAGAAUUCCAGAGGCCACAGGGAAAAGGAAUGCUUCUUCCAGAAAGCGGGUUUCUGAAGAAAAAAAAACAUCAAUUAUGCAAAAAGAAACAAUUUAAACUGAAUACAACUUACCAUCUUUUACUUAAGUUUUACGAACACAGUCCGGCAGCAGGUCUUACCCGUACGCUGUCAAUUUUCAUACUAAAAUAAUCACGUAGAAAUUUGGCGAACUCGAGAAAAAAAGGUGCGUUGAAGUUACAUUUCAAAACACAUAAAAGCUACAUGAAUUAUCCUAGUGGAAAAAUACUGUAAGGUUUUUCACGUAACUUCAAUGUGAAAACAUUUUUUUGCCGGUACACUUUCACAUUAUUUUUACGUGUGUCACGUAAAACGAGCCUUGCGAGGGGAAAAUCGGGGUUACGUGAUUUUUCAGAUAGCAUCUACGUGUGGAUUUUUUUGAGUGUAUUUGAUCACGCUACCAAUACAGCUUUACCAGAGCAGCAUAGCGAGAGAGUGCAACGUCAAAGAGAAUGAAUACGUUAUUUAUGCCUAUGCGCCUCUGUGGUUCAGGGAUAAAGAGGUAGACUUAAACGCGGAGAGCUCCGGUUCAAAUUCUGGUGAAACCUUUGAAGGUGGUAUGCUGUACUUAUGUUAUAUGGUAUUUUGACAAUUUAAAAUUUGAGUAUUACCAAGUAAAAAACUAUUUCUUUGAAAAAACUUUUUAUUUGUGUUUUGAAAAAUUGUAAUUCUUUUAAGUGGUGCCAAGCAAAUCAAUUUAGAGCUUUAAAGGUUCAACUCCCCCAAAUUCAAUUGAGUCCCACUUUUGGUACCGCUCCAGAGCAACUUUCGGUGAACACGGACCAAUUUUCGAACAAUAUAAGCUAAACCUGUGAAAGAUCUGUGAGCUAAUCGUGUGUAUAAAACAAGACAUAAACAAAAAUCAAUAUACAAAGCUGUAUUAAUUGGAAGUGCAAUGCUGAUAUAAACAAGAAGAAAACCAAAAACGCUUCAAAGCAAUCGGAAGUUUAGUUUUGUUCACCAAGUAAGUGUACUAAAAUCAUGCCUUUUACAUUACGUUUCGCAUUUACUAGCUUGUAGCCCCGUUGAUGUGAUGCUUCAGAAAAAAAAAAAAAAACAAAACAAAAAGAGCCAUUUUCGUAGAACUUAAUUGGAAGGUGGCGCAAAGUACAAACUAUAAAAAAGAAGGUAUAAAAAAAACUUCACAAAUAAGAAUUAUUCCAUGAUGAUUGGGAAAUUGGCUGACAUUAAGAGAAAGAAGAAAAAACUUAGAAAUCCCGAAUUCCGCACUAGAAAUAUGAACUUUGAUGUCCCUAAGAGAUCCACAUGGUAACGAAUUAAGAAUAAUUACAAAAAAAGAAACUAGUUUCGAAACAACUGAAGCGUGGAACAUGGAAAUUGUAUUGCUCUUUGUUUUUUGUAGCUGUAGUAUCCAACAAAAAAAAAAAGAAUUAACAAAAAAUCUAGCACUCACAAAUCAAUUUGUCAAACAAAUGAGGAAGAAAAAUCACUUGAAAAAAACAACGGAAUCAACGAUCGCUAAAUAAUGAAUAAUGAAAAAGAAGAAGAAAAACUAUAGCAUAAGUUGAGCAUAAGUCAAUAAAAACACCGUUUAAUAUAAGACAUGGACAAAACUCUAAAUAAAACAGCUAGCUUAGCUAAGUAAUCGAUAAGUGAAUAGAGAUAAACGGUGAUGAGAAAGCAAGAAAAAAUGUUCAUAAUACAUAUCAUUUAAUCUUAGAAUGUAUAAUCAUUUUAGGAAAACAUAUUUUUAUUACAGAACGUAAAAAAUAAUAGAGCUGUAAACCUCUUUCAAAUCAUGCCACAUAAAUAUGGAGAAUGUUGAGAAUGCUUCUACAUGCCAACGCUGAAUGCAGCAACUUUUUCCUCUCGUUAGCAGGUAAUGUUACAAUUUACUUUACCAGAUAUUUUUUCAGUUAAGCUUUUUUUGCCCGCAGUCCCAACCCUGCGCUAGACUGAUCUUGUUACCUUCAGCAUUGCUUGCAUUGCUGCAUGAAACGCAACCAAGGCAAACGAUGAUGGAGGUAGGCAUCUGUCAAGCGCAGAGUGAAGUGCGCUACCUAAAAAGCUCAAAAUAUGACAUCAAUCUGGAAUAAGAGCAGUUGAGAGUACUUUUAAACAUGUCAAACUUAUAAGUUCCACGUUUGAAAAGCCUUGUUUUUAAAUAUGUUCUUAGACGUAAGAUGAAAUUUUUAGAUAAAUCAGCCACACUCUUUGGGAGCCGAACAUCGAGCCAUAAGCGGAAGUGUCCAAUACGACUUGUUUGUUUACAUAUUUGUUUUCCGUUCUCUUGAGCAUUCCGUUCGUUCCAUGCACCCAUUUUUGACACUCACAGUCAACUAAGCAGAGCAUCCUUUUCGACUAUAAUCGCAUAACAUAUAUUUGGCCUAAUAAUAGUUAAAACAAUAACUUUCCACACACACACACAGAGAAACACUCUCUCACCACACAAACACACACACACCCAAGAAAUCAACAAAAAAAAACAAGUAUAUUAAACCUUAUUCCAGCUUUGAUUAAGUAGAGUCGAUGAAUUUUAAUAAUUACAAUGAAAAAAAAAAAUAAAACUAAUCUUUAUCUUCUACACGCAAAAGAAUGAAAAACAAACCAAACUAUAGUGACAUUUAAUAAACUUCAUUAUAUUAUGAAAAGACGAAAACACAAGAAAUGUACGGGCUACUAAAUGAGAAAAAAAAUAACCAAAUGAAAGUGAAAAUCAAUAACUUUUUAUUAAAUUAAAGCAAAUAGUUUAUUUUUGUUAUCGAUUUCUUCUUAUACAAAACAAACACCGCAAGAAACUUCUGCUAUAUUAAUUAUUUAUUAUUAUAGAUUUAUGAUGAUUAUACAUACUAGAAAUUUAACUAAACAUUUAAGUAUAAGUACGAGAAAUGAAUUAAGAGAAAUGGCAAAAACUAAUAGCAUUAAAAUGUAUUUGAAUUAAUUAAAACCAAUUGACACUUGAAUAACAAAACUAAAA